AUGUUUUUGCAGCCAUCACUGUGUGGAGGCAGUCUUAUCUCACUGGAUCCGGCAUGGAUAUUGACAGCUGCACAUUGUAUCAAGGACUAUCCAAAUCUGGAUCCAAGCAUUAUGAUCGACGCUGUCGCCUAUGGAAAUAGUAACGUCUCAAGCUUACAGUUUGCAUCCAUUCGCCGAACCAUUGUUCAUCCGAAAUACAUGGAAAAACUGAAUACCACAACAAAGUACGACAUCGGUCUGGUAGAACUCACCGCUCCAUUGAAGCAAACCGCUUCGGUUAGUCGCGCAGCUCUAUGGCCAGAUCCAGUAUUGCCGACAUCUGCGGGAUCCUUUUCAGUGAUGGGGAUGGGGUAUAUUGGAGUCCACCAACCACAAGCCGAACUACUGCAGGUAGCGAAGAACGAGCCAAGGAAAGACGUUAAUGAAACCACCUCCUCGCUCAUUCUAAGUAAAUCAGAAUCUACACUGUGUCACGGCGACUCUGGAAGCCCUUUGAUUUGGGAAGAAGAUCUUAUCGCUUUAACGCCUCCCGAAAACCAGUACGUUGUGGGCAUCCUUAACCGCAUUCUUCACGCCUACGAUCCUGAUCCAAGCGAUCAAACGUGUCCAAUCCCUGAUAAAAAUCUGCAGAAUGUCGUGAACGCCUUCUCACGUGUAUCAGUUCAUAUGGAAUGGAUCAGCAACACAACCCAAAUAUCACCAGAGGAACUCACGACACCUGAUAUUUUUGAAAUUCCCAAACUGAACUUUGUCGUAGCUUCAACAGGCAGUGAACAGCACACCAAGGCAUCAACGCUUUUUGCUUUUAUGUUGAUGACUUGCUUAUAUUGGCUGUGUGCUUCUGCAUGA